AAUGCACAGCCUUUUUCAAUCGUGUUUCCAGCAAAGUCAAGUCAAUGGUCAUUAAAAUGAUUAUUUCAAUUGAACAUUAUUUAAUGCUGAGUAUCGGCAGCCUGAGAUAAGGUUAAGUAAAAUGAUUGUUUCGAAAAGCGGGAUUACAACCUGCAAACCUGUUUUGCAGGCAUUGAGGAGAUCGCGUGGGAUGCAUGCGUGAAUGCUAUGGUUUAAACCGGAAAGUACAAUCGUAUUUGGUCGUCGCUUUAAUCUUGAACAUGGAAGAGCAUGGGUUUUGUUCAGAUUGCGAGAUGCAGUUUGUUUUUUCUUGUUGCUCGUGUCAAAACUCACAAUCAGAGAUGGAGGAGUUGGAACAACCUGUGGUUUACACAUCUGCGAGUAGCCUGAGUGACCCCUCUUCUUGGGCCAACUCUGAGCUGGACCUGAACUCUGAUGCUGUUGAGAAUUUCCGGAGGAAACUGAAGUACUAUUUCAUGAAUCCAUGUGAGAAAUUCAGGGCUCGUGGGCGAAAACCAUGGAAGCUGAUGUUGCAGAUUCUUAAAAUUGCCUUUAUUACAAUUCAGUUGGUAACUUUUGGACUAAGUAACCAAAUGGUUGUUACAUUCAAAGAGGAGAAUCUGAUUGCAUUUAAACACCUUUUCCUGAAAGGAUAUAAUGACCAAAGCUCUGGCACUUAUGCUGUGUACACACAAACUGACGUUUAUGAACACCUCUAUUUUAUAAUUGAUCAGUAUGUAGACCUGCAUAACAUCACUGUGGGAAACCAUGCUUAUGAGAAAAAUGGUGGAAGCUAUACACCACUGUCCAUCUGCCAGGAGUUCUUUCAAAAUGGAAGCAUUUUGCCUGGGAAAGAGACCUUUGAUAUUGAUGCCCAUAUUGAAACAGAAUGUAUUGAAAUAUACCCAUUGCAGACUCCAGCAGAGGCUAGAUUGGAUGCAACUAGGCUGAAUUUCACUCUGCACUUUAAAAGACUGUUAUCUGUGGAUAUUGACUUCACACUGAAGGCUAUAAAUCUUCAGACAGUACGUCAUCACGAGCUGCCAGACUGCUAUGACUUCACUAUCACCAUCACCUUCAACAACAGAGUUCACAGUGGAAGAAUACAAAUUACUCUAGAGGAUGAAGUUGACAUCAAAGAAUGUAAAGACUGGAACAUAACCGGGGCUUCUGCCCGGAACAUCUACUAUAUCUUGUUUUUUGAUUCACUCAUCAUUGUAAUCUGCUUGACUUCCCUCAUUCUAUGCACCCGCUCCGUUUUCAGUGGGAUCCAACUUCAGUUUGAAUACACUGCAUUUUUCAAGGCUUGCCACGAUAAGAAUGUGACCUGGUCAGAAAGAAUGGAGUUUGUGAAUGGCUGGUAUAUUCUUAUCAUCAUCAGUGACUCGUUAACCAUUGUUGGUUCCAUUCUUAAGAUUGAAAUUCAGACAAAGAAUGUAACAAGUUAUGAUGUCUGUAGCAUUUUGCUGGGGACUGCCACAAUGCUUGUCUGGGUUGGGGUCAUUCGGUACUUGGGCUUCUUUAAGAAAUACAAUAUUCUUAUCCUGACCCUGAGAGCAGCUUUUCCAAACGUGAUCCGGUUCUGCUGUUGUGUGGCCAUGAUCUACCUGGGUUACUGCUUCUGUGGUUGGGUUGUUUUGGGGCCUUACCAUGAGAAGUUCCGCACAAUUAACACUGUGUCGGAGUGCCUGUUUUCCCUUAUCAAUGGAGACGACAUGUUCCCUACCUUCAAGAACAUGCAACAGAAGAGCUACCUGGUUUGGCUAUUCAGCAGACUGUACCUGUACUCCUUUGUCUCCCUCUUCAUCUAUAUGGUCCUCAGCCUCUUCAUCACGCUCAUUACUGACACAUAUGAAACGAUUAAGCAACACCAGCGUGACGGUUUUAUUGAAACUGACCUACAAGCAUUCAUAGCAGAGUGCAAAGACCCUCCUAGUUCAGGAAGGUACAGGAUUGAAAAGGAUUCUUCGACAUGCUUUUGCUGCUGCUCUUCCAGGUUUGCUGAAUCUGAAGAGGGGCUACAAUGUUAGCAGCAGCAAGUUGUUGUUCUUUCUGCACCAAUUGCACAUUCAUCUCCAAUGCCAGGGAAAAGAGUGUUCUUCUGUUUAUGUUCAACCCUAUUAAUAUAUAAACCAUGCUAUAUAUUAGUUACUUGAAUGUAAAGGGCCAAUAUUUUCUGUGAAAAGUGAAUAUUAACAUUUUCAGUGCCCCCACAAGGCUUUGAAGUGGUACAUUUUUCUCUUGGUUUUUUGAAGUGACUGCUUUAAUAGAAGUUAGACUUAUGUUGAAUGGAAAUCAAAAUGGAUGUUGACCACUUGAAUGUAUUGUUCUUUUGUAUCAAUUGCUGUGCUCAAAUCAACUGUGCGUCACCCAAUGUUGGCCGGAUAAUUCUGUGCCAUAACACUGAAGUGUGACACCUGUGAUCAUUUGGGUAGCUACAGUAUGUUCUGCCUGCAUAGGAUAAAUAGUACUAUAUAUAACUGAAUUGUAUAGCUGGAGAAUGUCUGGAUCAAAAGAAGGUGCUGGCUGUGUGCACUGCGUAGACUUAUGAUAUUAUAACUACUGGACAUUUGAAAUUGGCAAUGGAGGAAUGUGAGCCAUUUAAUGUCCCCUUCAAAAUUGAAGAUCAAUUCAUUCAUGUGAUUUGGUGAAAUGUAAGAGACUUCUUAUGUUUGUCUUUUGAUUCAUAUGCACCACCAUUCCACUUGCUGUAUACUAUACAGUUAAAAUGUACUUGAAUCUGAAUUCAUGUUUACGUACAUUUUUCAAAAGGGUGUUAUGUAUGCUCUUCCCUAUUUGGGGCUCUUGAUGUAUAAUGUAGGCCAACAUGGGGAAUUGGACAAAGGACUAGCGGGUAAUUUGUCCCAUCAUAGACCUCGGUAUAUACUGUCCCACAAGGACUUUGCAGUUUAACAAUGGACCACUAUAAUAGAUGUUUUAUUAUUAGCCAUUUUCUUACUGUCAGGUAUACAUUUCUCAACUGGGUUACAAUGCAAACCCAGGCCAUCUUUAUUAGUCAUUGUACACUAGCCAUGGCUUUGGCAAUAUGGAUUUGAAAAUGGUGGAAUGUAGCAUCUCUGUGCAUACCUUUAGAUUUAUUCCUGUACAUACAGAACGUGACUUGUAAUGGUAGGACAAGUGACAGAACGUGACUUGUAAUGGUAGGACAAGUCACGGGCCUGAUAUUUCAUUGGCCUGAUAUUUCAGGAAGUUGAGCAAUAAUCGGAGGAUACUGACACGCAUGGAAGCACAGUCAUGAGUGGAUUAUGUCCAGAUAUUAGAAGGGUUAAGAAGAAACAAACUUCACCGAUGGGGAACUGAAAGUAU